GUUCGUAGUAAAAUCAACGGAUGAUCUGGUUUCCCCCAGCCGACGUACAAGAAAGAAAGACGCCGCUCCCGAGGAGUCAAUCCGUGUAUAAAAUCCAGGGAACCAGACCUCCUUUCUUCGUAUGGUUUUGGGAUACUUCGCCGUGUGGUUCUCCUUCUCUUCACCGCAAGUUUCUGUUUUGGGGUCAUAUUUCAUCAAGCAUUUAACAAAUUUAGAGUAGAAGAUGUCAGGCAGAAGGCACACACAUUGGUGUUACCGAUGCAGGCUUGGAAUCCAGCCUCAGGAGAGGGAAAUGGUCUGCCCUAACUGUGAUACAGGUUUUGUUUCGGAGCUUGAUGGGACAGAGGAGCUUAUGAGACAUUUCAUUGGCAUUGAUGCUGAUAUGGAUGGUGACCCACGUUAUGGCAUCCCGGAGGCGAUCUCUGCCAUGAUGAGUCGUGGGAUGAUGGGAGCGUACCGUGAGAUUGAUGUCCGAGGUAGACACAAUAUGCUAUCAGACUUCGGGACGGAAUUUGGCUCUGGUCCUUGGUUGGUCUUCAGGGGCCAGCUUCCUGUUCAUUUGGCUGACAACAAUGGCUUUGAGGUCUUCUUCAAUGCGCGGCAUGGUGUUCGGAUGCGACGAGCCAACAUGGCAGACUAUUUUGUUGGUCCAGGACUGGAAAAUUUAAUUGAACAGCUGGCACAAAAUGAUAGACGUGGACCGCCACCUGCAUUACCGUCAGCAAUUGAGGCUAUGCCCACCUUGAAGAUCAACCAGAGGCACCUGCAUGGAGACUCUCAUUGUCCCAUUUGUAAAGAGAAAUUUGAGCUGGGGACUGAGGCACGGGAGAUGCCAUGUAAACAUAUAUAUCACUCGGACUGCAUCAUUCCCUGGUUGGGACAACAUAAUUCCUGUCCAGUUUGCCGCCAUGAGCUGCCACCACAGAGCUCUGGUAGUUACAUGCAUUCAAGAUCAAGUGACCAAAGCUCAAGUAGCAAUGGAAAUAACAGUGGACAUCAACGCUGGAGGAACCUGUUGUCACUUCUGUGGCCUUUUCGCUCUUCAAACUCAAAUUCUAGAUCUCAUUAGGCUGAUUAGGUGCGUGCACUUCUGCUGCUAUCCAUGAAUGUACAAACCAGAUGAGUUAUUCUAGAUAGUCUUUUGGCAACCAAAGUAAUAUCCAUAGCCUUUUUAGUUUGUGGCAUAUCCUACUUCUUAGAUGAUAGCUUAUUUUGAUUGUCCGUUAGAACUUGUCCAUAUGCAUGGUGGCAUGGAAACAUUUACAGAACUUAGAAUUACAAAUCCGUAGCCAAGGUUGAUCAAACAAUCAAAGGCCUGUGUUGAUAGACUCCUUUGAUUGCAUGUAAAUGGUCUUAUUUGCUUAUAGCUGCAUCUGCUUUCAUUCUUUCCCCAGAACAAUGAUGUGCUCUUAUGUAGUUUAAUGUAGUUCUGCCUGAGCAGUAGUUGCAGGUUUUUGAA